AUGCUGGACUCUAUCCUCAGUGCCCUCUCUUUUCCGUACCACGAACCCCGGGAGGGCUACUGGGGCGACAAGACAGUCACCCUGAAUUUUUGCGAGGAGGACUAUGUCAUCAGCUACUACUGUGCCGAAUUCUGCAACACCUUGACAAAUCUCCUUUUUAUCUGGCUCGGUCUGAAAGGGAUUAGAGACUGCCUCAAGUAUGGCCAUCCCGCCAUCUUUGUCGUCGCCUUUAUAGGCUACAUGGUUGUCGGCACUGGUUCGACCUUGUUUCACGCUACGUUGAAAUACCCCAUGCAGCUGGUUGAUGAGCUCUCCAUGAUAUAUACAACUUGUCUCAUGUGCUUUGCCACGUUUUCCUAUCGGAGGUCUCGCGUCUUCUCCAUCCUGCUCGGAGCGGCUCUCACUGGGCUGGCAUGGUUCAUCACGGCACGAUACUACCACACCAAAGAUCCACAAUUCCACCAAGACGCCUACGCCGUUCUCACGGCCGUCGUGGUCUUCUCAAACAUGUGGAUUAUGGAGAAGUCUGUCCGCCCGGCCCUGGAGAAGCGCCAACAAGAACGCUCGCCAGCAUCCCGCGUGCCUACGGCGGAUGCCAUCAUCAAGGACAUGUGGAUUCUUGUGGCUACUGGUCUUACAAUAUUUCUGGGCGGAUUUCUAAUUUGGAACCUCGACAACGUCUACUGCAGCACGAUCCGCCCCUGGAGGCACAAUCUAGGACUUCCUUGGGCUGUGGUUCUAGAAGGUCACGCUUGGUGGCAUCUGAUGACUGGAAUCGGAGGUGAGUAG